AUGGAGCCCAAACACCCGGGCUCACCGCAAAGGAGGCGGGUUGGGCGCGAGAGGUCUGGGCUGGGUGGGAAGGGUCGAGGCUCAGGACAAGGGUCCGGGUUGGCUGGAGUGCCCCUUCGGCAGAGGGGACCCCCCCAGCAGGAGCCACCCCAGAGCAGCCCCCACUCCACCUUCCUCCUCUUCUUCUUCCUCGCAGCCCUCCCAGGGCUGCGGGCGGCCGUGCAACUGGUCGAGUCCGGAGGGGGCCUCCAGACACCCGGGGGGUCCCUGCGCCUCCUCUGCAAGGCCUCCGGCUUCACCUUCAGCAGCUAUGCCAUGGUCUGGGCACGACAGGCGCCCGGGAAGGGGCUCGAUUGGGUCGCAACUAUUAGCAGCAGUGGUAGUAGCACCUACUAUGCGUCGUCGGUCGAAGGACGCUUCACCAUCUCGAGGGACAACUCCCAGAGCACGCUCACGCUGCAGAUGAACAGCCUCAGGGCCGACGACACGGCCACCUACUACUGCGCGAAAGAUGCUGGCAGUGACAUUGAUGCUCACACCGAGUCCCAGCAUCCCUGCUCUGUGUUCCCAAAUCCCGCCAACUUUCCAAAUACCAUCCACUCAGCCCAGACCCUUGCACCAAACCCAGACCCUUACAUCCCGCCUGCAGCCUUGCAGCGAGCCCAAAUCCUUCACGGUGCCCAAAUCCCCGGCUCUUGA